AUGGAGCCAGCAGCAGAGCUGGGCAUGGAAGACGAGCUCGCCACUGGACCUAUGGAGACUGAGGCGGCGAACUACCUACGGAAACACAAGAUCCCACGGUUGUUGGAGAACCUUACGGCCGCACUGGUCUACCACCGACCGGAUGAUCCGCGGCAGUUCAUGAAAGAACAAGUCGAGAAACUGUUGAAGGCAAAGGCGGACCCGGCACAGAGCCCGCCUGCACUAGUGGACGAGUCCAACGUGGUGUCCGUGUUCGGGAUGCUGGACCUGGCCGGGAAGGGUAGCGUGUCUCGUCAGCAGUACCUCGCGGCUAUGGAGAGCCUCGGGGUGAGCGGCUUCAGUCAGGACCCGCCCGGAGCCGAGAUCGACAAGAUCAGCAGAGACACGUUCCUCACGGAGGCCAGCUCGGCCCUGAGAGAUGCCGCCACUACAUUCUUCGAAGACUGA